CCGAGUUUCCGCACCUGCGGCGGCCCGGGCCGUGGCCUUUACUCCUUCCUUCCCUUCCUCUCUUCCUCCGCUCAGCGCCGGGGUGGUUGCUGUAGGGGCCGAGCGGGGAGGUGUGAACCACAGAAUCAAAUAGCAAUAACUAUGGCAGACACUGCGAAGCCUUACAUUACCAAACAAAGUAAGGAACCGGAGAUAAUAUUUGAAGAAGAGUUCAAAGGAGGUCUCUCACGGAAAGACUACCAAGUAACAGAUGAAUAUGGAAAUGGCCAUAGCAAUAAAAUAGAUACCAGCCUGCAGAAGAAGAAGGGAACACCAGGUCAUUAUGGAGGUAGUCCCAGACGAGGACCACGUACUGUUUUCAGUAGCCCAAAUUCUCUUAAAAAUAUAACUCCCAGUCCAGGGUCAAAGUUGAGUGACACUCAAAAAGACCAAAUAAAGAAGUGGAUAUCUGAUGACCACCGUGGUAAUUCUGAAAACCGGAGAGACUACAGAUCUGGAAUCUGGAUUCCCACGCAUAACAGAACAAGAAAGGACUCUUUUCACGAAGUUGAAGGUGCAGGAAACAGAAAUGUAAGACGACAACUUCAGAAAGACUUAGCAGAUGAAGACGUGUCAGACUUGCAGAGAGGAAGCUCUGAAAUGAAGAAGCUCAGGAAAACAAGGCGAUCAAGAAGAAGUAGAAAAGAUGAGUAUGAUCAAGAUGAUGAAGUGGGUGGCCCAGUCAUAGAUGAAUCUGUGCUUUCAGCAAAAGAGCUUCUAGGUUUACAGCAAGCUGAAGAACGAUUGAAGCGAGACUUCAUUUAUAGACUGAAGAAGCAACCUCGAAGCUACCCAUCAGCAAAAUAUGCCUGCAAAUUAUGUGAUGUUUUGAUUGAAUCUGUGACUUUUGCUCAUAAGCAUAUUAAGGAGAAAAGACACAAGAAAAGCAUAAAGGAAAAGCAAGAGGAACAGCUAUUGAAUGCCCUGCCUCCUCCAACACCUUCACAGAUUAAAGCCAUUGAUGUUGCCAUUGAAAAUGUAGUACAAGAGUUCGGCUUAAGUAAUGCAGAUUUACAAGAAAGGCUCAAGAUUGGAACAAUAAUGGAAGACUUACUGCAUCAAAAAUUGCCAGAGUGCUCCUUAAGGUUGUAUGGAUCUUCCUUUAGCAGAUUUGGUUUCAAAACUUCAGACAUAAACAUAGACAUCCAGUUUCCUGCCAGCAUGACUCAGCCAGAUGUUCUCUUACUUGUUCAAGAAUGUCUACAGAACAGUGAAUCUUUUGUUGAAGUUGAUGCAGAUUUCCAUACUAGAAUACCGGUGGUGGUAUGCAGAGAAAAGCAAAGUGGCCUUAUUUGUAAAGUAAGUGCAGGGAAUGAAAAUGCUUAUCUGACAACAAACCAUUUGGCUACCAUUGGAAAACUGGAGCCUACUGUUGCAUCUUUAGUGAUUGCCUUCAGGUACUGGGCAAAGCUGUGCUGUGUCGAUCGUCCUGAGGAAGGAGGUUUGUCACCCUAUGUGUUUGCAUUAAUGGUUAUCUUCUUUCUGCAACAGAGGAAAGAGCCUUUUCUACCUGUCUAUUUGGGAUCAUGGGUAUGUAUAUUAGUAAACUGGGUACUGUGAGUGAGUGGAGGAUCCAUCUUUUCACUUGUGGUGUGACCUCAGCUUCUUGCUACGCUGAGAAAGCUGUAAGCCACUCUUUUCUGCAGGAAUUCAGAGAUAAUG